GCCGUAGAAUGUUGCCAGUGCUUCAACGAAACGAGAGGCAUGUACCAAGGAGUUAACCCUACAAUCUGCGAGUUCUGUGGUCAUCGUAUGGGUAAUGGGAUAGCACCGAAUAGACAUUGCAUCCCACGCCACUCGAUCAAGUUUGUGGAAGAAAAGGAUAAGCACCAAUACGAAAAUUCAGAGGAGCCGUGUCCCUGGGUCAACAACAGAUGCCGAGAUUGAUAUGUGUACAUUGAGUGUAGCAGCUCGGAGCUGAUGUUAUACGAGAGGUUGUUGGUUGUAUUUCGAGCCUGGCUGC